AUGGCUUUCUUCGAGUCCCUGUCCCGCCCAGUCGCCGCCCUCCUCCUCGUAUCGCCAUUCUCCCACAUUCUGGCUCAGGGCGCUGGGAACGUCGAGUACCCCGUGGGCAUAGCAAACAUCGCCGCGUACGGAACAAUCAACUUCACCGAGAUCUUCGCGGCAUACGGGCACGACAAGUCGAACGUCGCGUUCGGGACUUCGGCGUACAACGGCCUCACGACGUUCGCGAACACCUUGCCUGUGCGAUGCUUUGGCGCGGACGCGACGACGAAGUACGACGUGGCGGUUCUGGGGGCGCCUUUCGACACUGCGACGAGCUACCGGCCUGGGGCACGAUUCGGCCCGAACGGCAUCCGUCAGGGCUCCAGACGGAUUAGCUUGCAAAACAUCAACGUAGCCACGCGCAUCCGCAUCAGCGACGAGCUCGACGUCGUCGAUUGCGGGGACGUCCCGAUGGUCAAGACCGACAACAAGGUCGCGCUGCGCCAACUCGAGCUCGCGAACGCCGCCUUGCUGUCCCGGACCAGCCUGCGCACAUACGAGGGGAAGAGUUUCGCGAAGGACGGCAAGUUCCACCCCCGGGUGCUGACCCUGGGCGGAGACCAUACGAUCACGCUCCCCCUCCUCCGCGGGGUCGCGAGCAUCUAUGGGCCGGUCAGCGUGAUCCAUUUCGACAGCCACCUCGACACUUCGAGGCCAAGAAAGCUGGCGGGCGGCCCAUGGCUUCCGGACGAGGAGGUCCCCGUCGGACACGGGAGCUACUUCUACUACGCGCACCGAGAGGGCCUCUUGGCAUCCGACAACGCAAACAUCCACGUCGGGAUCCGCGCGCCCAUAGACUCUUGGGAAAAGUACGCGGACGACCGCGCGUUCGGGUUCGUCAUCUCGCACGCAGAGGACGUCGAGGAGGUCGGGUGGCAGGGCAUCGUCAAGGCGAUUAAGGACGCCGUCGGGGACAACCCUGUGUACAUCACGCUGGACAUUGACGUGAUCGACCCUGGGAUGGCGCCUGCGACAGGAACGCCUGAGAUUGGGGGAUUUACGACAAGGGAGAUCAAGAAGAUCCUCCAGGGCCUCUCGGGCCUGAAGGUCGUCGGAGCCGACAUCGUCGAGGUCGCGCCCGGGUACGACAGCCAAGAUGAGAUCACGCAGAUCGCCGCUGCGAAUAUCGGGCGGGAGAUCCUGGGGCUGAUGGCCAAGACGCCGUUGACGGAGUGAAGCCGGCGAGGGAAGCAGAAGAGGUGGAUAUGAGGACGGAGGGUGCUCGUGUCGCUUGGCGUUCGUCCUCCGGGCGCGCAAUCACGGUUCAAAUGUUCGGUCAACAUCGAGCGAGUACCGGAUGGCAGUUUCCAGCAAUUCUUGUGCGGAGCCCUCCCGGUCUGUCUCAGCACGUCGGUUUGCUACGAAGAGGGAACAAGGCGGUGUGCGGGCGUGGCUGAGAAGGGCAUACAGUCGAGUAUCUCAUAACGCAUGAGGUCAUGUUCAAUAAUGCAUAUCGCCCGGACGGGUACCAACCCAGCGCUUCACACUCGAUAGGCCGUCUAGAGAUAAUGCAUGAUGUCCCAUAUUGCAUACGGAAAUGGGGGUGCGGGGGCAUCGACCCUGUGCAUUAUGAGAUAGUCGACUGCAUAUUACUUGUCUUACUUGAGCCGUGUCCACAAGGUGCAUUUCGG